AGGCCACGGUCGGGAGAGCUGAAAGGACCCGAACCCCUAGGCGGAGGCGGGAGAGGGCGGUGCUGUGUCCCCACAGGAGUCGGAGAGGAUGGCGGGGGCCGGCGGCCAGCACCACCCUCCGGGCGCCGCGGGAGGAGCAGCCGCCGCGGCCGGCGCCGCGGUCACCCCCGCCACUGCCUCGGCCGGGCCCGGAGAGGAUUCGUCCGACAGCGAAGCGGAGCAAGAGGGACCCCAGAAACUGAUCCGCAAAGUGUCCACCUCGGGGCAGAUCCGGACCAAGACCAGUAUUAAAGAGGGACAACUGUUGAAGCAAACAAGUUCUUUCCAAAGAUGGAAAAAGCGAUACUUCAAACUUCGAGGCCGUACACUUUAUUACGCAAAGAACUCAAAGUCUCUGAUAUUUGAUGAAGUUGACCUCUCAGAUGCCAGUGUAGCUGAAGCAAGCACAAAAAAUGCUAACAACAGCUUCACGAUAAUCACUCCAUUCAGAAGACUAAUGCUUUGCGCUGAGAAUAGAAAAGAGAUGGAGGAUUGGAUCAGCUCGCUGAAGUCUGUACAGACCAGAGAACCUUACGAGGUGGCCCAGUUUAAUGUGGAACAUUUCUCAGGGAUGCAUAACUGGUACGCCUGCUCCCAUGCCCGACCCACUUUCUGUAACGUCUGCCGAGAGAGUCUUUCUGGAGUCACCUCCCAUGGUCUGUCCUGCGAAGUGUGUAAGUUCAAGGCUCAUAAAAGGUGUGCAGUGAGAGCAACAAAUAACUGCAAGUGGACGACCCUGGCGUCCAUCGGGAAGGACAUCAUAGAGAACGAGGAUGGGCUGGCUAUGCCCCACCAGUGGCUCGAGGGUAACUUGCCCGUGAGUGCCAAGUGUGCUGUCUGUGAAAAAACGUGUGGCAGCGUUCUCCGUCUUCAAGACUGGAGAUGCCUUUGGUGUAAAACGAUGGUACACACUGCCUGCAAAGAUUUAUAUCAUCCUAUAUGUCCACUUGGCCAAUGUAGAGUAUCCGUCAUACCUCCAAUUGCACUGAACAGCACCGAUUCUGAUGGUUUCUGUAGAGCAACAUUUUCAUUCUGUGUUAGUCCUCUAUUGGUUUUUGUCAAUUCUAAGAGUGGAGAUAAUCAGGGAGUAAAGUUUCUUCGCCGAUUUAAACAGUUACUAAAUCCAGCUCAGGUGUUUGAUUUGAUGAAUGGCGGUCCUCAUUUAGGUUUAAGAUUAUUCCAGAAGUUUGACAAUUUCCGGAUUCUUGUUUGUGGAGGAGAUGGAAGUGUAGGUUGGGUUUUGUCAGAAAUUGAUAAGCUCAACUUGAAUAAACAGUGUCAGCUGGGAGUACUGCCUCUGGGUACAGGAAAUGACCUUGCCCGGGUUCUUGGCUGGGGAGGCUCAUACGAUGACGACACCCAACUUCCUCAGAUACUUGAGAAGCUGGAACGAGCCAGCACCAAAAUGUUGGACAGGUGGAGUAUAAUGACCUAUGAACUCAAAUUGCCAGCAAAGGCUUCUCUACUUCCAGAACCUCCAGAAGCAUCUGAAGAAUUUUAUAUGACAAUUUAUGAAGACUCAGUUGCAGCUCAUCUUACAAAAAUCCUCAAUUCUGAUGAACAUGCAGUGGUCAUAUCAUCUGCCAAGGUACUUUGUGAAACCGUAAAGGAUUUCGUUGCCAAAGUAGAGAAGGCGCAUGAAAAAACGUUGGAAAAAGCUGUUGCAGCCGAUGCCGUGGCCAAUAAAUGUUCAGUUCUAAAUGAGAAGCUUGAACAACUGCUCCAGGCUUUGCACACAGAUUCCCAGGCUAGUCCGGUUCUCCCGGGCAUCAGCCCUCUCAUUGUAGAAGAAGAUCAUGCGGAAUCUUCCAGCGAAGAAUCCUUGUGGGAAAGCAAGGAACAACUCUUGGAUGACACUACAAAACCUUCCUCCCAGAAAACUGUCAAACCGAGGGAAAUAAUGCUGCGGGCAAACAGUUUAAAGAAAGCAGUGAGGCAAGUCAUUGAAGAGGCCGGAAAAGUGAUGGAUGACCAGACAGUUCAUUCCUCUGAACCAGUUAAUCAAUCAUUUGAUUACGAUAGCACAGAAACAGAUGAGUCUAAAGAUGAAUCAAAAGAAGAUGAUGCAAAAGCGUCAUUAACUGUUAAAACUGCACCUCGGUCUCCAGAUGGCCGGGCAAGUCGUUCCCAAACUGACUCUGGCUCUGGUCCUGCUGUGGCAGCCAGUAAAGAAAACCUCCCUGUGCUCAAUACCAGAAUAAUCUGCCCAGGUUUAAGAGCAGGACUAGCUGCCUCAAUUGCUGGGAGUUCUAUUAUCAACAAAAUGUUACUAGCAAAUAUUGAUCCUUUUGGUGCAACGCCAUUUAUUGACCCAGAUCCAGAUUCAGUAGAUGGAUAUUCAGAAAAAUGUGUCAUGAACAAUUACUUUGGGAUUGGAUUAGAUGCAAAAAUUUCAUUAGAAUUUAAUAAUAAGAGAGAGGAGCACCCUGAAAAAUGCAGGAGCCGAACUAAAAACUUGAUGUGGUAUGGAGUCCUUGGAACCCGGGAGUUAUUACAGAGAUCAUACAAGAAUUUGGAACAGAGAGUUCAACUUGAGUGUGAUGGGCAGUAUAUUCCUCUCCCCAGUCUGCAAGGGAUAGCAGUGUUGAACAUUCCCAGCUACGCCGGAGGCACUAACUUUUGGGGUGGAACUAAAGAAGAUGAUAUAUUUGCUGCACCAUCAUUUGAUGACAAGAUCCUGGAAGUCGUUGCAAUAUUUGAUAGCGUGCAAAUGGCAGUUUCAAGGGUCAUUAAACUGCAGCACCAUCGAAUAGCCCAGUGCCGUACAGUAAAAAUCACUAUAUUUGGUGAUGAGGGAGUCCCGGUGCAGGUGGAUGGCGAAGCAUGGGUUCAGCCUCCAGGGAUUAUCAAAAUUGUGCACAAAAACAGAGCUCAGAUGCUCACAAGGGACAGGGCCUUUGAAAGCACUCUGAAAUCUUGGGAAGAUAAGCAGAAGUGUGAUUCUGGUAAAUCAGUUCUUCGAACGCAUUUGUACAUCCAGCAUGCGGUUGACCUGGCGACAGAAGAAGUGUCUCAGAUGCAGCUGUGCUCACAGGCCGCAGAGGAGCUCAUCACCAGGAUUUGUGACGCAGCCACCAUCCACUGUCUUUUGGAGCAAGAGCUGGCGCACGCAGUGAACGCAUGCUCCCACGCACUGAACAAAGCCAACCCACGCUUCCCAGAGAGUCUUACGAGAGACACUGCCACUGAAAUAGCCAUCAAUGUGAAGGCCCUAUAUAAUGAAACAGAGUCUUUACUAGUUGGCAGGGUUCCUUUGCAGUUGGAAUCUCCACAUGAAGAGCGGGUAUCCAAUGCCUUGCAUUCCGUGGAGGUGGAGCUACAGAAACUAACAGAGAUCCCUUGGCUUUAUUAUAUCUUACACCCAAAUGAGGAUGAGGAGCCCCCCAUGGAUUGCACCAAGAGAAACAGCAGAAGCACAGUAUUUCGUAUUGUGCCCAAAUUCAAGAAGGAAAAGGUUCAGAAGCAGAAGACAAGUUCACAGGCUGUUCAGAAAUGGGGCACAGAGGAAGUUGCUGCUUGGCUGGAUCUGCUCAAUUUGGGAGAGUACAAAGAAAUCUUCAUCCGUCAUGACAUCAGAGGGGCUGAACUCUUGCAUCUGGAAAGGCGAGAUCUUAAGGACCUGGGGAUACCGAAAGUGGGUCAUAUGAAGCGAAUUCUCCAGGGAAUUAAAGAGCUUGGAAGGAGCACACCCCCAGUCUGAGGUGUAAUCAUAUUGGUGCUAUUCCUUGGAAGGAAAGUAAUUGCUACUUAAUACAAAGUCCUUGGGAGCCAUUGGCUGUUCUUGUAGUUUUCUGCCUAGAUAAGUAAGCACCACUGAGGCACCUCUACGGCUUGAUAUGGGUGAAAAUUUUGAUUUGAGGUAUUAGAAAAUAUUUUGUGCCAAAAAAAUACAUUCCACAAAGCCAUUUUCUUAUUGUGCAAACCUGACACAUUCAAAUAUGCUCAUAUUAGUAAAAAGGUGGGAGGAAUCUGAGACAACUGCAUUGUCCAAAAGGUGGAAUUGCACAAUGUUUACUUUCCUUUAACCUGAUCAGAUGGAAUGUUCUUACCGUGCAACCACAUAACAAUAUGUAGCUGAAACUUCUUGGGUUUCAUUAUUGGAGGCACUGGCUUCUUACUUAAAAUCACUGGCUAGAAGACUAAGAUAUAAAUUAAGUGUUGUUUUGAAUUGGUAUCACCUCAGAUUCCUAGCUCUCAGUGGUCAAAGAAUAUGGUUAAAACCCCUCAAAUACUAUGAAUGAAUGCAAAUCUUAAUGCACGAUGUUCCUGCCUGAAUUGUCUUUCUGUUU